CACAGACACACCUGUUUUACACAUGACUCAGACACAGAAGCAGGAAACAGGAAUCAAAUGAUUUCAGGGAAAGAGAAACUGAAGUGUAGUUGAGCUGUUGUGUGUUUGUGUCUCUGUAUUCAUUCAGUAAAAUGGCUGAAGCCAGAGUUUCUCAGGAUGAGUUCAUGUGUCCGGUGUGUCUGGAUCUCCUGAAGGAUCCAGUGGCUAUUCCCUGUGGACACAGUUACUGUAAGAUCUGUAUUACAGACUGCUGGGAUCAGGAGGAUCAGAAGAGAGUCUACAGCUGUCCUCAGUGCAGACAGACCUUCAGUCCAAGACCUGCUUUAUCUAGAAACACCAUGCUGGCUGAAGUGGUGGAGAAACUGAAGAAGACCAGACUCUCUGAUGACUGUUACGCUGGAGCUGGAGAUGUGCAGUGUGACGUCUGUACUGGAAGAAAAUACAGAGCCGUCAAGUCCUGUCUGAUGUGUCUGAACUCUUACUGUCAGAAUCACCUCCAACAACAUGAGAGUUUCUUUAGAGGAAAGAGACACAAUCUGACUGAAGCCACUGGACGACUGCAGGAGAUGAUCUGCCAGAAACAUGAGAAGACCCUUGAGGUUUUCUGUCGCACUGACCAGGAAUGUAUAUGUGUGCUGUGUAUGGAUGACCAUAAAAACCACGACACUGUAUCAGCUGCAGCACAGAGGACAGAGAAACAGAAGCAGCUGAAGGAGACACAGAAGACGCUCCAGCAGAGAAUCCAGCAGAGAGAGAAAGAUCUCCAGCAGCUGAGAGAGACUGUGGAGUCUCAUAAGCGCUCUGCACAGACAGCAGUGGAGGACAGUGAGAGGAUCUUUACUGAGCUCAUCCGCUCCAUUGAGAGAAGCCGCUCUGAGCUGAUACGACUGAUCAGAGAUCAGGAAAAGACUGCAGUGAGUCGAGCUGAAGAACGACUGGAGCGACUGGAGCAGGAGAUCAAUGAUCUGAGGAGGAGAGACGCUGAGCUGGAGCAGCUUUCACACACACAGGAUCACAUCCAGUUCCUGCAGAGUUUGCAGUCUCUCUCAGCACCUCCUGAAUCUACAGAUGUAAAUGAUGAUCUCUUCAGUUCUCUCUUCUCUUCUGAUGAUCUGAGAGAAUCUGUUCAUCAGCUGAGAGACAAACUGGAGGAUUUCUGCAAACAGGAGCUCAAGAAGAUCUCAGACAGAGGUAAAGUCCUGGAGAUUCAUCUGCUCUCAGAAACCAGUCCAUCAUCCAGGAAGGACUUCCUAAAAUAUUCCCAUCAUCUCACUCUGGAUCUGAACACAGCACAUAAACGACUCCGUCUGUCUGAGAACAACAGACUGAUUACUAACACUGGCACAGAGCAACCAUAUCCUGAUCAUCCAGACAGAUUUGAUGGUUGGUCACAGGUGUUGUGUAGAGAGAGUGUGUGUGGACGCUGUUACUGGGAGAUUGACUGGAGUGGAGAUUAUGGUGUGUGUGUAUCAGUGUCUUAUAAGAGCAUCAGCAGGAAGGGAGGAGGUGUUGAGUGUUUUUUUGGAUCUAAUGAUCAGUCCUGGAGUUUGGACUGCUCUUCCUCCAGUUACUUAUUCAGACACAAUAACAUAAAGACUGAUGUCUCUGUGAAGUCCAUCAGCAGUAGAAUAGGAGUGUUUGUGGAUCACAGAGCAGGAACUCUGUCCUUCUACAGCGUCUCUGACACAAUGAGCCUCAUCCACACAGUCCAGACCACAUUCACUCAGACGCUCUAUCCUGGGUUUACGGUUUGUUAUAAGUCAUCAGUGAAACUGUUGAUGAAUCAGAAGACACUGACGAGAGAUUCUACCCAUAAUGCUUUGAGCUGCAUGAUGAAUCAGUAACAGUGAGAUGUUAUAGAGUCUCUUCUCUUCUCAUUAAGGGGUCGUGCACAUAUCUCGUCUUUUGCGUGCUCAAGUUCCUAAUUUCAAAUGUUCUUGUCUCUUCAGGAGAUGAACGGAACAGAUUAUUAUUUUUCAUACAGUGAUUGUACAUCUGAUCGACAGAUAAACCGAUGUCCUGAAAUAUCUUGAUAAUCUUUUAUGAUUUUCAAAUAAGGUUAAUGAAUUAAAUAAGUAAUAAAUUACGAUGAUGCCUCAUCUUAAAUGGAAGUAUAAGUUAGACAUGUAAUUUAAUAUUAUACAGCAUACAUCUAUAUAAUAUACUAACAAACAACUCAUUUAUAUUACCUUUUUAAUGUAUAGGCCUACUAUUAAUAUGGUUUUAAUAAAAUAUCAUAAAUAUGAUGUCUUAUAGAUUACUAGUAUCAACUAAGACAAGUGAUCAUAAUGAGAAAUAUAGUUAAUUACAAUAAUUAAAGUGUGACAAACUGCUAAAUAUUCUGAUGAUUUACCUUCAGGCUUGCUGGAGCUUUGAAUCCAUGUUUGUGAUGUUUUACGGCCUUUGGCUCUUUUUCUUUUUUUCUGUGUGUGAGUGUGUUCUUGUCACAUUGAGAAUGUUGUAUAGACUCACCCCUUUAUUAUGUGUAUGAUCUGUUGUGUUGGUUUUAUUGAUAUUUAUUGGACAAAUAAAAAAAAUGCUUUGAA